AUGCUAACGGAUGGUAAGUCUUGCUUUUGACUUUGUUCUUUACAUGUUUUGCUGCCAUCUCGGAAAAGUUUUCCGAUACAAAUUCGCAUUGCACUCGUUCGGCAGUCACUGUCCAAAAUUUUGUCCGUCCUUUGACUAACAAUUUUAAAUUUUCCGUCCAUAAAAACUGAUCUUCUCUCCUAGGAUAUACAGACGGACGACUCAGCCGGAUCUCUGACCAAGAGAACGACGGAGAAUGGAGAAUCGACUACGUGACGCAAAUCUUCAAUCACCACACAAUGAUCCGACUCUACUUUGACUCCACGAGAUGCGGUAAGCAUCUUUCAUUAAAAGGAAAUGAGUAUGACUGACCUUCCAGUGAAAACAAGUGGGAUGAGAUUCAGACAUGGAGAUACCUACACUCUUCAGAUACACGCUUUCGUGGGAGAAAAUCCUCCUGAGAAUCUCUAUCUGAGACAUGAGAACCAAGGGAUCACUGAAAUGGCGUUGAAGGUCGAAGAAACACAAAAUAUUCAACUCCGAUUCUCAGCUCUCGACGAGGAGAACAAACCAGUUACUGAUCCCGAAGCCCAGAUCCCCAUGACUACAGUAAUCUAUGAUGACAAAGGCGAAGAAUACGCAAAGAUAUAUUGGACAACCACAAUCAACGACCAUUUCGACAGAAAAUCGUUUGAUUAA